GCCUACUGCCCGGGCUGGCUGCUGGCCGCUGGGCCCGGGGAUGACGCCACCUCUCGCUCCGCCCCGGCGCAAACUCGCUCCCUGCGUUCAUUUCAUUCCUGCUCUCAUUCCGAACAUUCUUCGCAUCUCUGUCAGUGCGCGAAGCGAUUCACCUACACCUUUCCUGGCUGGCCCAGAAACACUAGAAUAACUUGACAUAGUAUUCAAAAUACCCACUAACAUCACAUUAGCAAAAGAAAGGAACAUUUGUAAAUGAGAUAUCAAUAACGAGUUGGCUCGGCCGGGAGUUGUGGGAGCAUUUUCGGACCACCUCGGAGAAAGAAAGAAACGCGGCGGGGAGACUUGUUGCUUCAGCUCGGCUGACGGCGCUGUUUUAAAAUCGACAUCGAAGUUUUACCCUGUCUCUCCCUAGUCUGCUCCAGGCUUCAGCUUGGAGAACCCAACCGCCAAGAUUGAUCCGAGCAGCUGGAGUGGCAGCGAGAGCCCUGCCGAGGACUUGGAACAGAUGAGCGACUCGGCGGACAAGCCUGUGGACAACGAUGCCGAAGGGGUCUGGAGUCCUGACAUAGAGCAGAGCUUCCAGGAAGCCCUGGCCAUCUAUCCUCCAUGUGGUCGCAGGAAGAUCAUUCUGUCAGAUGAAGGAAAGAUGUAUGGUCGAAACGAGCUGAUAGCCAGAUACAUCAAGCUUCGGACUGGAAAGACAAGAACUCGCAAGCAGGUGUCUAGUCACAUACAGGUCUUAGCAAGAAAGAAAGUUCGAGAAAUCCAAGCUGCCAUUAAGGUACGUCUGGCUUUGCCCAGUUGCAGGGGGCUUUUCAUUGCCAUGGUUACAGGCUCUUCCUUUGUUUUCCUCCCCUCCCCUACCCCGCAGGUGUCUAGUCACAUUCAGGUUCUUGCCAGAAGAAAAUCUCGUGAGUUUCAUUCCAAGCUAAAGGUUACGAGCAUGGACCAAGCCGUGAAGGACAAAGCCCUCCAGAGCAUGGCCUCCAUGUCCUCGGCUCAGAUCGUCUCUGCCACGGCGAUUCACAACAAACUUGGCCUGCCAGGCAUCCCUCGGCCUGCUUUUCCAGGAGCAGGGUUAUGGCAGGGUAUGAUAUCAGCUGGGCAGCCGGGAUCCUCACAAGAUAUAAAGCCUUUUACCCAGCAACCAUAUCCAAUCCAGCCAGCGGUCACAACAGCCAUUUCAAGUUAUGAAUCUGCCACUGCUCCAGCUCCCACAGCUCCAGCAUGGCAGGGCCGCUCCAUCGGCACAUCCAAACUCCGACUAGUGGAGUUCUCCGCCUUCUUAGAGCAACAGAGAGACCAAGACUCGUACAACAAGCACCUGUUCGUACACAUCGGACAGACAAAUCAUUCCUACAGUGACGCCUUGCUUGAGUCAGUGGACAUUCGUCAGAUUUACGAUAAAUUUCCUGAAAAGACAGGAGGAUUGAAGGAGCUGUAUGGAAAAGGUCCUCAGAAUUCCUUUUUUCUCAUCAAAUUUUGGGCCGAUCUAAACUGUAACAUUCAAGAUGAUACUGGAUCAUUUUAUGGGGUGACCAGCCAGUAUGAAAGCUCAGAGAACAUUUCCAUAACAUGUUCGACAAAGGUUUGCUCCUUUGGAAAGCAGGUUGUUGAGAAAGUAGAGACUGAAUAUGCGCAAUUUGAGAACGGACGCUUUGUCUACCGGAUAAGCAGGUCUCCGAUGUGUGAAUACAUGAUCAACUUCAUCCACAAGCUAAAACAUCUCCCAGAGAAAUACAUGAUGAACAGUGUCCUGGAAAACUUCACCAUCUUAUUGGUGGUGUCAAAUAGGGCGACCCAGGAGACGUUGCUAUGUAUGGCUUGCGUGUUUGAAGUGUCAAACAGCGAGCACGGAGCCCAGCAUCAUAUCUACAGACUGGUAAAGGAAUGAAAGCUCUCUCCAUUUUAUACAUUUCUAUCUUCAUAGACGUAUCAACCUCAAAACAAGUGGCAGUGCCUCUGCGUGGACGUCAGCUUUUCAAGGCUCUUUGUUUGAGGGAAGAGGUAAAGUCAGUUUGUCAUAAGUUUGUCGUAUUUGUUGUUGACCGCAGCUGUGAAAUGUGGUACAGUUGUU